CAUCAAAAAUGACGUCACAACAGGAAGUACUCUCAGAAGUUGUGCCCGCCUGUUGCCAGUUGAAAAGUCCAUCUUUAUUCCCUUGUGUUCUGACCUGAACGAGAGAUAUUACGACAAAAUUAGUCAAAUGUAGCUUUUUAACCGCCUUUUAAUCGACCUCCUUAAAUUAAACCACCGUGUUGAAAAAGAUGGAGGAAAAUGGGGAGCCCCCUGAAGAGUAUGUUGCACUCUGCAACUUUACCGCAAACGGCAGCGAACAGCUUAGCGUCAACAGAGGCGACCGACUGAUCGUGCACGCCAAACCCUCCUCAGACUGGUGGUGGGCGGAGCUACAAGGGGUCAAGGGUUACGUCCCUGCGAGUCACCUCCACCAGGGUGAUGCUGCUGAAGAGGAAGAGGACCCAUGGCAGGAUGAAGAGUACUUUGGCAAUUACGGCACACUGAAGCUACACUUGGAGAUGUUGUCGGACAAGAGCCGCACAGAAGCCUGCAGGCAGGUCAUCGUCCACAACAGCGCUUCCUUGCAAAGUAAAGUGAUAAUGGACCUGGGCUGCGGUACGGGCAUCGUGAGCCUGUUCUGCGCCAAGCUCGCUCAACCUGCAGCGGUGUAUGCCGUGGAGGCCAGCGCCAUGGCCCAGUACACGAGGGAGCUGGUGAGGCGGAACACAUGUGAAGCGGUGGUCACGGUGCUGCAGGGGCGUGCAGAGGAGGUGCAGCUUCCUGAGCAGGUGGACGUCCUGGUGUCGGAGUGGAUGGGAAACUGUCUGCUGUUUGAGUACAUGGUGGAGUCGGUCCUGCUGGCAAGAGAACGCUGGCUGAGGGAAGGUGGCACCAUGUGGCCCUCCUCUGCAACCCUCACCCUGGUGCCAUGUCAGGCCCACAGCUACUACGCAGAGAAAAUGGCCUUCUGGGAGAACACCUACGGCCUGGACUUCACCCCUCUUCAGCCUCUCGCACGGCAGGAGUUCUUUGCCAAACCCAAGUUCAGCCACGUGACGGCGCGGGACGACUGCCUGGCCUCUCCCCACGAUGUCCUGGACUUGGACAUGUACACGCUGCAGGUGUCCGACCUGGAGGAAAUGGAGGGCCAGUUUCAGUUUUGCCUGGAGAAGUCGGGCCAGUUCCACGGCUUCACUGCCUGGUUCAGCGUCCGCUUCGAGAGCCUGGAGGAAGGCGGCGCAGCGGUAGAGCUCGACACCGGACCUAAUGCUGAACCAACCCACUGGAAGCAGACUCUGUUCAUGCUUGACACGCCUAUAGUUGUUCACGUUGGCGACCGCGUGCAAGGAAGCCUCAUUCUGCGCAGGAACCCCGUGUGGAGGCGUCACAUGACCGUCACCUUGAACUGGGACGUCAGCGGCAGCGUGCACGAGGCCGGGAGUAAGACCUUCCCCAUGUGGAGGUGACACCCUCUCACCAUCUGCUCCAAGACUUCAACUUUGGACUUUGUUGAAUUAAGUAAGUGUACAGCAAUAUUUAAAAACUGCCAUCAAAGUGGAAAAAGAAGUUAAGCACUGUGCAGUUUUCUCAAAUCACUUUCUACUUGAAAUAAAUGCACACAGACAAAGAUUCAACCAAAACGGCCGCACUUACGGACUCAAUUCAGCCCACUCGGAUAACUAAAGCAUGGGGUUUGGAAUAUGUGGAGUUUGCAGGUUCUCUUUGGUCUUGUGUAGCUUUACUUGGGGUGGCAUAGCUCGGUUGGUAGAGCGGCCGUGCCAGCAACUUGAGGGUUGCAGGUUCAAUUCCCACUUCCGCCAUCGUAGUCACUGCCGUUGUGUCCUUGGGCAAGACACUUUACCCACCUGCUCCCAGUGCCACCCACACUGGUUUAAAUGUAACUUAGAUAUUGGGUUUCACUAUUUAGAGUCACUAGAGAAAAGCGCUAUAUAAAUAUAAUUCACUUCACUUCAUUACUUUUGUUUCCUGGGGCGGUAUAGCUCGGUUGGUAGAGCGGCCGCGCCAGCAACUUGAGGGUUCCAGGUUCGAUUCCCACUUCCCCCAUCUUAGUCACUGCCGUUGUGUCCUUGGGCAAGACACUUUACCCACCUGCUCCCAGUGCCACCCACACUGCUUUAAAUGUAACUUAGAUAUUGGGUUUCACUAUUUAGAGUCACUAGAGAAAAGCGCUAUAUAAAUAUAAUUCACUUCACUUCACUACUUUUGUUUCCUGGGGCAGUAUAGCUCGGUUGGUAGAGCGGCCGUGCCAGCAACUUGAGGGUUGCAGGUUCGAUUCCCACUUCCGCCAUCCUAGUCACUGUCGUUGUGUCCUUGGGCAAGACACUUUACCCACCUGCUCCCAGUGCCACCCACACUGCUUUAAAUGUAACUUAGAUAUUGGGUUUCACUAUUUAGAGUCACUAGAGAAAAGCGCUAUAUAAAUAUAAUUCACUUCACUUCACUACUUUUGUUUCCUGGGGCGGUAUAGCUCGGUUGGUAGAGUGGCCGUGCCAGCAACUUGAGGGUUGCAGGUUCGAUUCCCGCUUCCGCCAUCCUAGUCACUGCCGUUGUGUCCUUGGGCAAGGCACUUUACCCACCUGCUCCCAGUGCCACCCACACUGGUUUAAAUGUAACUUAGAUAUUGGGUUUCACUAUGUAAAGCGCUUUGAGUCACUAGAGAAAAGCGCUAUAUAAAUAUAAUUCACUUCACUUUCCUUCUACAUUCCAUACAUUCAAGUGGGAGUAAAACAAGUCACAUUUGACGCAAAACAGGAACAGUGAAAAUGCCGAUAAAGUGUACAGUAUAUAAAUCAAGUAACAAAAUAAAACAAAGUUUUUCACUAGACGUCCGAUAAUCGCUUUUUUUUGCCAAUAUCCGAUAUUGUCCAACUCUUAAUUACCGAUACCGAUAUAUACAGUCGUGAAAUGAACACAUAAUUAUGCCUAAUUAUUGUUGUGAUGUCCCACUGGAUGCAUUAAACAAUGCAACAAGGUUUUCUAAAUUAAAUCAACUCAAGUUAUGGGGAAAAAAAAUGCUAAGUGCACUAUUUUUUUUAACAUGCCUUAAAAGAGCAGCUUGGAAUUUGGGACAUGGUCUCCCUCAGAGAGCAUGAGGAGGUUGAGUUCGGGGGGUGGGGGAUUAGCAGGGGUUGUAUAUUGUAGCGUCUCGGAAGAGUUAGUGCUGCAAGGGAUUCUGGGUAUUUGUUCGGUUGUGUUUAUGUUGUGUUACGGUGCGGAUGUUCUGCCGAAAUGUGUUUGUAUAUAUGAUGACAGGGGAUAAAAAACAAUAUGAGUGUAAUUAGGGCUGGGCGUAAUAUCGAUAUACAUGAUACAUCGCAGAUUUGUCUUUGUGCGAUAUAGAAAAUGACUAUAUCGUGAUAUUCCAGUAUAUGUUCUCACGUAGUUGCUGGCAUUACACUACAGGCUCUUCUGGCUUUUUCCCUUCCCUCCUUCUCUCAGACAACAAGCGCACCUUUUUACAUACGUCACAUACGUAUACGCCCUCGCGAAGUAUAGAGGUAGCAGCAUGGGUAACAGGGGGGUUGUAUAUUUUAGCGUCCCGGAAGAGUUAGUGCUGCAAAGGGUUCUGGGUAUUUGUUCUGUUGUGUUACGGUGCGGAUGUUCUGCCGAAAUGUGUAUGUAUAUAUGAGCCAUUUUAGGGUGGGGGGGGCGUACUAGGAUGACAGGGGAUGAAAAACAAUAUGAGUGUAAUUAGGGCUGGGCGAUAUACAUGAUACAUCGCAGGUUUGUCUUUGUGCGAUGUAGAAAAUUACUAUAUCGUAAUAUUCCAGUAUAUGUUCUCACGUAGUUGCUGGCAUUACACUACAGGUUCUUCUCGCUUUUUCCCUUCCCUCCUUCUCACAGACAACAAACGCACCUUUUUACAUACGUAUAGAGGUAGCAGCAUGGGUAACACGGGGGUUGUAUAUUUUAGCGUCCCGGAAGAGUUAGUGCUGCAAAGGUUUCUGGGUAUUUGUUCUGUUGUGUUACGGUGCGGAUGUUUUCCCGAAAUGUGUUUGUCAUUCUUGUUUGGUGUGGGUUCACAUAUUUGUAACUGUGUUAAAGUUGUUUAUACGGCCACCCUCAGUGUGACCUGUAUGGCUGUUGACCAAGUGUGCCUUAAAGCCGUAGAUAUUAUGAGACUGGGUUGGCACGCAAAGGCGGUGCCUUUAAGGUUUAUUGGCGCUCUGUACUUCUCCCUACGCCCGUGUACACAACAUCGUUUUAAAAAGUCAUACAUUUUACUUUUUGAAACCAAUCCCGAUAAUUUCCUAAAUUACAUUUUCAAGCAUUUGUCGGCCGAUAAUGUCGACAGUCCGAUAUUAUCGGACAUCUCGACUACUCACCCUUUGAGACGGACGUGUAGCAGAAGUACUGGCCUUUAAAAGAUUGAAAAAGGAGGCAAUACACAGAAUUCAGUUGCAUUUAAGUUUAUUUUGUUUCAGAACAGUCUUUCAUUAGGUACAUCUGGACAAUAUUUACACAAUACUGGUGAGUACUGGACACAAAUCAACCUUCACAAAGAUGUAUUUAUCUUCCACAAUAAUAGUUAUUGUAUAUUCUGCAGUGUAUAUACUUUGGGCAAAAUUAAACACGACUUGCUUUGUUUCCUCAUAUAUUGAGCUUACUGUUAUUAUAAAAGUCAUUUUUAUUUUUUGAAACUUCAAUGUCUUUUAGCUGGAAGUGACAGAAAAAACGCAUACAAGACCUUCUUAAAACAAUCAGCUCUCAAAGACUCACUCAGCUGUGCAAAAUAAACAAACAGCAGGCUAAAAUCAUGUUUGGAUUCAAUAAUACAAUAUUUUAUUCAUUUACUAUGUCAAAUUCGGAACAGAAAGAUUGACUUGUAAGUAGUGACAACAAUAUGGACAUAUUGUACAAUCUUUACAACAGUUAAGCUGAUAUUUUGGACCUUAUUUUUUACAGAAGAUAAAAGAUGCGAGCAAAUCAAUGUUGCUGCCAAUCAAUGACAUCCCAUGGCCUAGUAAUAAUAAAAAAAUAUUCCUUAAAGAUAUUUCAUGGAAAUUAUGUUUAAUUAAUAGGAAAACUGGCAUACAACGCUGACUUUUAAAAGAGCAAAAACUAAAUAUAAAUGUAUAUUUCAGGCUUGAAAAUGGAGAAAAAUACUCAUGUUUUAAAGCAGUUUUUUGUAAGCAAACCUUAUUAAUGUGAAAUGUGCGACCGAGGGACCUCUCAGGAUGACAUAAAAGACAAACAAUACUUUCAUGUUUGAAAUGUUUUUGACAAGCAAUAUGGUUCCACAGCUAGCAUGGGUGGCUUCCUGGAGAAUAGUUCUGACAAGUUUGAAACAAGCGCUAAUAACACCUUAAGUAUAUAAUGUGCUGUACCGUACAUAUUCUAUACAGAGUCUAGUACAGUAUGCAGUAGUGUUUCCCUUUACAGUAACAGAUUGUGGCGCACCGCCAAGGCAAAUCUUUUUUUUUAAUGUGAAACAAAGUACUGUAAUUUAUUGUAGCCUCCAGAAGAAGUCAAAAGUUAGACGCUAUUUUUAACUAUUAUUGCCAAUCUUAUAUUAACAACCAGCCCAAUAUACACACUUUCAUCUCUAUGCUUCUCUUAUUCUCUGCCAAUCCCCUUACAGCAGACCUGGGCAAAUUAAGGCCCGGGGGCCACAUGCGGCCCGUUAAGCUUUUCAAUCUGGCCCGCCAGACAUUCCCAAAUAUUUUUUUUUAGAUCUUUAAGAUGCAAACUGUAGCUGCCAUUAUGAUGUGCACUCAUGUUUUCUAAUGACCGUGAGUCUUCAACUGUACUAAGUAUUUCAAUGGUUGGAAUCUGCACUUUUGCAUGAUAUACUAGUUACUAUGGUAAUCUAAUUAGUUACUAUGGUCAUCUAAUUAGUUACUAUGGUCAUCUAAUUAGUUACUAUGGUCAUCUAAUUAGUUACUAUGAUCUAAUUAGUUACUAUGGUCAUCUAAUUAGUUACUAUGAUCAUCUAAUUAGUUACUAUGGUAAUCUAAUUAGUUACUAUGAUCAUCUAAUUAGUUACUAUGGUAAUCUAAUUAGUUACUAUGGUCAUCUAAUUAGUUACUAUGGUCAUCUAAUUAGUUACUAUGAUCAUCUAAUUAGUUACUAUGGUCAUCUAAUUAGUUACUAUGGUCAUCUAAUUAGUUACUAUGAUCAUCUAAUUAGUUACUAUGGUCAUCUAAUUAGUUACUAUGAUCUAAUUAGUUACUAUGGUCAUCUAAUUAGUUACUAUGAUCAUCUAAUUAGUUACUAUGGUCAUCUAAUUAGUUACUAUGAUCAUCUAAUUAGUUACUAUGGUCAUCUAAUUAGUUACUAUGGUAAUCUAAUUAGUUACUAUGGUCAUCU